AUGGGUGGUAAAGUCGGGCUUUUCGAGCUGGCCCACGGCCUGGACGUUCUCAACACCGAAGAAGAGUUACCUCUGGAUCUCACGGCCGCCGGCGCCACUGCAUUACUAUGGCCUGACAGCCAGGCAGCCGCAUCUGCGGGCGGCAGUGGCAAUUGCAGUGGCAACCCGGCAUCCUUGUCUUCGACGGCCUGCAGCACCUUCGACGAGCGCCUUGCAAAUAGCCUGCAGCCUUUAGACGGACCUCUUCCUCGCAACGCUGCAGUGCAGCGCCACUACCUCGGGAACGAACGGACCACGGGGGACGUCAGCGAUGGGGCGAGGGAGCGCAAAGCGCUUCCUGCGGCGCCAGCGGCGCCUGCAUCACAACAGCGCGGGCUGCUUCUGAACCUGUCCCAGAUCCGGAGCCGUGUCCAAGAGCUGCGGGUGCUGCAAAUAAGGCCCGGCGCUGCAUUGCUAAGUGGGAGAUCCAGCGUCAGCGGUCAGCCCGUGGUCGCCCGCUUCGAGCGCGGCUGGCCCGCCUCGCUGCUCGCGCCGCAGGUCCUGACUUCCCUGCACGACGGGCGCUGGCGGAGCCAUCCUCACGUCGUGUUGUUGCUGGAGGUCCACGCCGUCGCGCUGCCAGCGCAGGUUCUGGAUAAUUGCGUGCGGCCCACAGCGCAGGCAGCUGCUGUUGCUGCUUCAUCGUUGCGGCUGUGCAGCGAUGGCGGCGGCGUCAGCGGCGGCGGCGUCGGCAACGCCGAUGGUAAUGCGGCUUUCUGGGAGUCCGUUGAUAAGGACCUGACCACGGCCAUACUUGCGUUGCAGCAGGCGGAGGCUGUACGCGGUGCGAGCACCUGCGGGUCGGCCUUCAUCGGCAGCACUCUGGCCAGCAGCCCCACCACGGGCAGCGGCAAGCUCUCCCGUGUGCUGGGUGGUAUGCCUGUGCAGUUGCGCGGUGCGGUGAGCUCCCCAUGGGGCAAUGGAAGCGACGGAGGCGACUGCGGUGGCGGCAAGCCGCAGGCGCUGCAGCCGUCAGCAGCAGGGUUGGCCGCAGCAUUACCGCCGUCGCGAGCCUCUCUGCAGCAGCAGCUGACCGGCGGUGCCGCUGACGUGGCGCUUGUGACGUUAUCCGUCAUGGAGCUUUGCGACGGCGGAAACCUGUACGACAAGAUCAGAUGCGGGGCCUUCAAGUGCUGCCUCCCGCACGUGCCAGACGGCGGCAAUGGUGGCGGCGGUGCAAGAAGGAGCCGUCGCCGCGACCUGCGCUGGUUCAGCGAUGCCCAGUUCCUGCGCCGCUUGGACUGCUUCAUCGCAACGGCGCGGCACAUUGCGCUUGGUCUGCAAUUCCUGCAUGUCGUGUGUCGCAUGCCACACGGCGAUUUGGUCAGCCGAAACGUGCUGCUGCAGCGCGGGGUGGUGAAUGACGUAGGCGUCGACUGUGCAACUGGAUUCGUGGCCAAGCUGGCUGGCUACGGUAGAUUAGCAGCCGCAGCGGCGGCGGCAGCGUCCACGGCCUUGGGAGGCGCUGAAGGGUCCUAUGCCGCCUCAGCCGCGGCCAUAGAGUCAUCAGCUACUGCUGCAGUAGGUAUUGCACCACCCGACGUGUCCACCACAUCUCUCAGCCGGUUUAAUUCAGUGCACGUGGGACUGUGGCGGGAUGUGCAGUCGCUGGCGCCGGAGCGACUGCGGGAGCCUCAUGCGCCUCCAACAUUCGAAGCUGAUGUGUAUGCAUACGGUGUCCUCCUGUACGAGAUGGCGAUUGGCGAGUCGCCGUGGGCUGCUAUGCUGCCAGCUUGCGUGGCAGUGGGCGUCGCGACGGGGGAGCUUCGGAUCCAGUGGCCCCAUCCACAGCCUGGGUCCGGAAAAUCCAGCAGCGCCGCCGGUGCUGCGCCGCCUCUGUGCAUAACUGCCCUUAUGGAGCGUUGCACCUCCCCAGUUCCGGAGGACCGGCCCAAUGUUGAGCAAAUCCUAGCUGCGCUGGAUGGGGUGGAGCAGGAGUUGUGCAGCUGCCGCGACCUUGCGGGGGCGCUACAGGAGCAGCGCCGCAGCCGACGGCUUGCGCAAAUAUUCUGCGACUCCUCCCUAUCAUCAUCCUUCUCCUCCUCCUCCACCUCGCGCUCUUGCGCUGCCGGUAACGACAGCAACAGCGGCGGCAGCAGCUUUAUUGAUGCGGCGUUAUCCCCCUGA